AUGAAAAGAAUCGUUUUUCUUCUUUUUCUUCUCGGAUCCUUUCCAUUCCCAACACCAGGCCUACAAUGUUACUCAUGUUCCGAUGAGAAAGAUCAUAAAUGCGGUGAUACAUUUAGUUCCACCGCAACCGGUGUUACAAGAGUGAAUUCAACUAGUGGAUAUUGUUGGAAAAUAAAAGCGGAGAUGGGCGAUCAUCAUGGUAUAAUACGUGGUGGAGAUCUAAUUUCUAAUCAACAUCCACAACUAGCCUGUCCGACUAUGAACACAUGCCUGACAGGUGAUAACCGUGGUGCAAAAGGUACAAUAUGUUGUUGUCAGGAUAAAGACUUCUGCAAUACGGCUGGACCUAUUCCAGCCGCGCUUCGUGUUUUACUCCUGUGCAUGUUUGCUUCGGUUUUUGCAUGA